AUGGAUAAGGUAACAAAAUCUCAAAGAUCUAUGGAAAGACAAAUGCUACAUAUAAGGCUGGUAGAUAGAAAAAGGAAUGAGUGGAUCAGAGGAAAACUAAAAUACGCAGACGACACCGUGGUAUUAGCAGAAUCCGAAGACCAGCUGCAAAUCCUAAUGGACAAACUGACAGAAGAAAGUAUUAGGAGUCUAGAGAUUAACACCGUCAAGAGAAAAACUAUGAUUUUCGACCAGGCAUCCGCAAGACAAUCAAAACAGCGACAUAAUGACUUAAUAGCCAACAUAUAUAGCGAAGCAACAACAACAAUUAAAAUCCACGAAGGAACAAAGCCAAUUUUCAUAGGAGGUGUCAGACAGGGUGAUACAAUAUCCCCUAAACUCUUUAACCAGGCAUUAGAAGACGUUUUCAAAAAUUUAGACUGGGAAGAAAAAGCUAUCAAAAUAUGUGGACAAUACUUGAAUCACCUGAGAUAUGCGGAUGAUAUCGCCUUAAUAACAGAAAAGAAAGAAGAACUGAUAGAAAUGCUGGAAGAACUCGAUUCAGGGGCUGGAAGAAUAGGCCUAAAUAUGAACUACACUAAAACUAAAAUCAUAACAAACACAGAUGAAAACAUAACAACCAGAAUAAACCAAGAAAAAAUAGAACAAAUUGAAGAGUAUAUAUAUCUGGGACAAAUGAUUAAACUGAAAAAAGAAAACCGAAAACCAAACAGCUGA